AUGGCGUGCGAACCGAACCGUGCGCGGCUCUUGUGCAUGUUGUGUAUGACGGCCGGGUUCUUCGUGGUGGAGGUGGUGGUGAGUCGGAUGACCUCGUCCCUGUCCAUGCUGUCGGACUCCUUCCACAUGCUGUCGGACGUCAUCGCGCUGCUCGUGGCGCUCGUGGCCGUACGGUUUGCAGAGAAGACGCAGUCCACCAGCAAGAACACGUUCGGCUGGAUCCGGGCCGAGGUCAUGGGCGCUCUGGUGAACGCAGUCUUCCUCACUGCUUUGUGCUUCACCAUCGUGCUGGAGGCUGUGGAGCGCUUCACGGAGCCACAUGAGAUCGAGGGGCCCCUGGUGGUGGUCGGAGUGGGGGCCGCAGGGCUCCUGGUGAACCUGCUGGGACUGUGUCUGUUCAGAGGACACGCUGGAGGAGGACACGGACAUUCCCACGGAGGAGGAGGUGGGCACUCUCACGGAGGGAAGAGUCAUAAGAUCAAAGCUCCAAAAGCUGGAGCGUGUGGAGAAGAGACCAACCACCUGGUGACCCACGGCAGCCCAGGAGAGGCCAAGACCGAGCUGGAGUGCAGGGACGUCCCGGAGCUGCAGGCGAAUGGGAGCCCUCACUAUGAGCCUCCGGAGUCUGGUCUGGUGAGCGUGCGGCCGGAGGAGCUGGACAACACUGCGGACGCGUCGCAGCUGAACAUGCGCGGCGUCUUCCUGCACGUUCUGGGCGACGCCUUGGGCUCCGUCAUUGUGGUGGUCACCGCCAUCAUCUUCUACUUCGUCUGGACGCCCUGUGCUGGAGACGAGAACUGUGUUAACCCAUGUGUGGGCGGGCACAGCGCAGACCACCGCCACUUCAACCACACAGUCAUGGACCUGAAGGCGCACCUGGAGGAGGGCGCUCAGGCCGUGCGUAUGUCUGGCCCCUGUUGGGUCUUGUACUUGGACCCCGUGUUGUGCAUCAUCAUGGUGACCAUCCUGCUGUACACCACGUACCCCCUCCUCAAAGAGUCUGCCCUGAUCCUGCUGCAGACCGUCCCCAAACAGAUCAACAUGGACAGUCUGAACGAGCGCCUGCUACGUCUGGACGGCGUGCUGGCCAUCCACGAGCUGCACAUCUGGCAGCUGGCCGGCAGCCGCAUCAUCGCCACGGCGCACAUUAAGUGCCACGACCCCACGGCUUACAUGGACGUGGCCAAGCGCAUCAAGGACUUCUUCCACAACGAGGGGAUCCACGCCACCACCAUCCAGCCCGAGUUUGUGACCUUCAGCUCCGCGAAGGGUGACUCCCAGUGCGAGCUGGCGUGUCGGACGGUCUGCGCGCCCAAGCAGUGCUGCGGCGCCCCCGACAAGAGCGACCCCAAGAACUCUGAGGGCACCUCUCCCAGCACCGUGGAGGUCGUCAAUGAGACAGAGGAGCAGCCUGUCCCCAGGGAGACCAGUGCUGAGGCAGAGUCCUCUCUAUAG